UUUAAAGUAACACUAAUAACAAGAGGAAGCAAAGACUUUCAGGAGCUAACUACCAAUAAAGACCAGCGAAGAAGCCAAGCCUUUCUCUUUGGGCAGAGACAGUCAUGAUCGAUUCUUCAAUCGCACCUCUUCAGCCUUCAUGGUUUUCGCCCAAGAAGUUACUUGUUGUAUUUUGUGUGAUUAACUUGAUAAAUUAUGUGGACCGAGGAGCAAUUGCAAGCAAUGGUGUGAAUGGGAGUCUUGGAACUUGUACAGAGGGCGGUACGUGCACGUCUGGCGCCGGCAUACAGGGGGAUUUUGACUUGAGCAAUUUUGAAGAUGGAUGCCUAUCAUCUGCUUUUAUGGUUGGACUUCUGGUGGCUUCUCCGAUUUUUGCUUCAUUAGCAAAGAGUGUGAAUCCUUUUAGGCUCAUUGGAGUUGGAUUGUCAGUUUGGACUUUUGCUGUAGUUGGUUGUGGUCUUUCAUUCAACUUCUGGUCCAUUACCAUCUGCCGCAUGCUAGUUGGUGUUGGUGAGGCUUCAUUUAUUAGUCUAGCAGCUCCGUUCAUUGAUGAUAAUGCCCCAGCUGCUCAGAAAACUGUGUGGCUUGCAAUAUUCUACAUGUGCAUACCAUCUGGAUAUGCACUUGGUUAUGUAUAUGGUGGGUUGGUGGGAAGUUAUACCAAUUGGCGUUUUGCAUUCUGGGGGGAGGCAAUUUUGAUGCUUCCGUUUGCUAUUCUAGGGUUUGUCAUGAAGCCUUUGCAGCUUAAAGGUUUUAUGCCUGCUGAAUCGAAAGAAGUGCUGACAGGGGUGGAGACGGGUGUCUCAGAAGUUCAAGAUUCAGGCGUUUCGAAUGGUAAAGAUGGUUUGUUUCCAGUGGAGGGAGAUGUCAAAUAUUCUACCAUACAUGAACAGAAUGAGGUGAACUUUGCAACAAAAAUAAAGGAUCAAAUUUCAAGGUUUACAAAAGAUAUGAAGGUGCUUUUGAUUGAGAAGGUUUAUGUUGUUAAUGUUCUAGGUUACAUAGCGUACAACUUUGUAAUUGGUGCAUACUCAUAUUGGGGGCCUAAGGCUGGUUAUAAUAUAUAUCAUAUGACUGAUGCAGAUUUGAUAUUUGGAGGUCUUACAAUUGUGUGUGGAAUAUUGGGUACCGUAGCAGGAGGCUUUCUUUUGGAUUUCAUGACCAGCAGUAUCCCUAAUGCUUUCAAGCUUCUUUCAGCAGCUACGUUUUUUGGGGCAAUAUUUUGCUUCAGUGCCUUUUGCUUCUCAAACAUGUAUGCUUUCCUAGCUCUAUUUGCAGUUGGCGAACUACUUGUCUUUGCAACUCAGGGUCCUGUAAAUUACAUUUGUCUGCACUGUGUUAAACCUAGUAUGAGACCACUAGCUAUGGCCAUGUCUACUGUUUCUAUUCAUCUUUUUGGGGAUGUGCCUUCCUCACCUCUUGUCGGAGUUCUCGAGGAUUGCAUUAACAAUUGGAGGGUGACUGCUCUUAUUCUAACAUCUAUAUUCAUUCCAGCAGCUGGUAUAUGGUUUAUAGGAAUUUUUCUGCCUAGUGUGGAUAGAUUUAAUGAAGAAAGUGAGAAUCAGAUAUCCACAACUGAAAGGUCAAGCAUAACUCCUUUGCUUGAAGGGACGAAGACAGAAACGACUGAAUCCGCUGCUGAACCAUAAUACAAAACUUUGUAAGGCGUUUUCUUGUCCAGUAGAUCCCUUAAAUUAUGUAAAUAUAGUCCAUGUCCAAGGGCAAUUCUCGCUCUUUUAUUCUUUUUACUUUUUUCCUUUCUACAAUGACAGUUUACACUGUAUUUUUUAAUUAUUGCAAUGCUUGUAAAAAGAGAGAUUAUCCAUAAGGUCCAAAGUUCAAUUUCAAA